AAGACCAACGCGGGGAUCCGGCGGCCGGAGAAACCGCCUUAUUCCUAUAUCGCCCUCAUCGUCAUGGCCAUCCAGAGCUCACCCUCCAAGCGCCUGACCCUCAGCGAGAUCUACCAGUUCUUGCAGAGCCGUUUCCCUUUCUUCCGAGGCUCCUACCAGGGCUGGAAAAACUCGGUGCGCCACAACCUCUCCCUCAACGAGUGCUUCAUCAAGCUGCCCAAGGGACUGGGACGCCCGGGCAAGGGCCACUACUGGACCAUCGACCCGGCCAGCGAGUUUAUGUUCGAGGAGGGCUCGUUUCGCCGCCGACCCCGCGGUUUCAGGAGGAAAUGCCAGGCGCUGAAGCCCAUGUACAGCAUGAUGAACGGGCUCAGCUUCAACCACCUCCCCGAGAGCUACGGCUUCCAGGGCUCGGCCGGCGGGCUCUCCUGCCCCCCCAACAGCCUCUCCCUCGAAGGGGGCUUGGGGAUGAUGAACGGGCAUUUGUCCAGCAACGUGGAAGGGAUGGGCCUGGCGGGACACUCCGUGGCGCAACCCCCCGUGCCCCCCCUCCCCGCCAACGGUGGGCACUCCUACAUGGGCAGCUGUACCGGCUCCUCGGCGGGGGACUACCCGCACCACGAGAGCUCCGUGCCCGCCUCCCCUCUGCUCGCCGGGGGCGGCGUGAUGGAGCCCCACUCGGUUUGCUCCAGCUCGGCCUCGGCGUGGGCUCCCUCCGCCUCGGCGGCCUUGAACACCGGCGCGUCCUACAUCAAGCAGCAGCCCCUCUCGCCCUGCAACCCCACGGCCAACCCGCUCUCCUCCAGCCUUUCCACGCACUCCCUCGACCAGUCCUACCUGCACCAGAACAGCCACAAUACCGCCGAGUUACAAGGCAUCCCGCGGUAUCACUCCCAGUCUCCGAGCAUGUGCGACAGAAAGGAAUUCGUCUUCUCUUUCAACGCCAUGGCCUCCUCCUCCAUGCAUUCAGCGGGCAGCGGCUCCUAUUACCACCAACAAGUGACAUACCAGGACAUCAAGCCGUGCGUUAUGUGA